AUGAGCAGCAGUAGCAACAGCAGCAGCUUUUACAUGGGCGAGUCACUGACUGAGCAACAAUACUUAGCCCCAAUCGUGUAUCUCCAGUCCAAGGAAGAAUAUCUUCCGUCAGACAUUGGAUCUCAACUGAAGCAUACACACCCGGUGUUCAAGGGUAGUCCAAUCGCCAACUGUCCCUCGCCACUGACACUGGACAAUCUGGACGAAUUGAAUGCACACGGCGGGAAAGACGUCUUCUUGAGCUCCAAUGACGAUGUGUCCAACAAUCCCGGGUGGAUGAAAGGUGUGCGACCGGAUGCGAACGGCAAGACAAACGGCGCCAAGUCAUGCUGCAUUGUGGUCAACGACCACGGCACGGGCACCGUCGACGCCUUCUACAUGUACUUCUAUGCCUACAACCAAGGGCAGACCAUCUUUGCCAAAGAACUCGGCGACCACGUCGGCGACUGGGAACACAACAUGAUCCGCUUCAAAGACGGCAAGCCCACAGCGAUCUGGUACUCGCAGCACGCGUCGGGGGAGGCGCUGUACUACAAACUGGUGGAGAAGCACAACCACGGCCUGCGACCCAUCACGUACAGCGCCCGAGGGACGCACGCCAACUAUGCUACCGCGGGGACGCACGACCACGCAAUCCCACACUUCAACUUGCCGCUCGGCGUGUUGAUGGAUGUGUGCGAUCGUGGUACACUCUGGGAUCCGACCUUGAAUGCCUUCUUCUACAAGUACGUGCCCAAGGUACCGGGCAGGGACUCGGAGGGGGGCACAUUCACACCGUACGAGCCGGGCACGCCGGUCGCGUGGCUACGCUUCCUGGGCCAUUGGGGAGAUGAAAGGUUCCCGGCGGGAGAUCCGAGGCAGCGAGAAAAGAACAUUGGCAAGCAUUUCAAGUACGAGGGCGGGCCGACGGGGCCGUAUGACAAGGUGUUAGAAAGGAAGGAUAUAUGGCCCAAGGGAUCGGCCGGCGAGCAUAUCUGGAAGAUUAUGCCCUGGGCAUGA